AUCUGUCGGUGGGACAGCAGAGACCCAGACGCCGUCCUGUUGGGACUCGGAACCGAUCCCCACCUCCCCCAGUCUCGCCGUGCAAUUUUGUCUUUCCGGCCAGCCAAUCCGGCUCCCUGAUGGGCAGGACGGGCCGCCCAGCCGUCGUUCGGUUCCUUCAUCAUGGAUUCUCACCUCGGGUCGCCCUGGAUCUCGAUAACUUGUCGUCAGCUAUGCAGGCUCUCGUCCGCCUUAUCCUACUGGAUGCUGCUUCGCCGAACGUUAUUGCCACUGGGCAAUAUUCGAAGCGGACACAUGCAACCUUUUAUAUUCCUUACGACCAACACGCUCAGGUUGCCGAUCCUUUGCGGUAUCGACAAGUUCACUGGGUAUCGAACUUGCCCAUCAUCUCACAACCGACGAUGGCAUGCCCCUUGCGCUCCUUCGGCGAAGCAGGGGCCGCCGUCAGGCUAGCCCCAUGCUCGAAUACAGUUGGGGUUCCGUUCAGCGGGUGCACAGGGUGGCCAAUUGGGGACGCUGUCGGUUCCGAUACUCCGUCUGCACCACGGCGGGUUUCUUUCAAUUGCCAUGGGACAUCGGCUUGCAGGUUCCCCGGACAAGUGCAACGAAGGCCAGUCUGUCCGUCGUCCCUGGAUUCCUUGACCACGCGGCGACGACUUCCGAUCUGCCGGGAAACUCUUUCUAGCGCUCAUGGGCAGCCUUGUGUGGGAUGACUUCAGUACUGGCCGGGAUACGUGAGCUGGGAUCUUGGUUCCUAAACCCGACGCAGCUGGUUCCUCCUCGAAUCUCGAGUUCCAUGCCAUGGGUUUGUGAUUGAGAACCUUGACAUGCCACGAUGCUACUACAAAACUCGGGUGCCUGUUGAUUGAGCAAUGUACUACUUGCCGGCCACCGCCUUGCCAUGUUUGGCUCAACUUUCUUGCUGAUGCUUCGCGAUGUUGCAGGAAUGGUAGCCUGGACAAUGGUUCGGAAGAAACGGUCUUGACCAGGGAGGGGACCUAACCAGAACAAUGCCCCUAUCCUCACACCCCUUGGGGAAGCUGACGUGAAGCA